AAAUCAAGGACAUCUCCGGCAUCCGGAAACAAGCCGUGAAGAUGCCAUUUUGGCGCGACACUUGUGCAUGCGGCUGACAUCGAUCGACAGCUACACAUCCCAAUUAGGUAAUAUACCCGCAGAUAUGUUUAUCUCCUCAUGCUGACUUUAUGGAGCAAAGCUGGAGAACGAGCGCUUUUCUUGGAGUUGUUGAGCGACACCAUGCUGUGGAGGUUAAGAUGGGGUCUCCAGCCUGGGGAAAUGUUGAACAACACAGGGUUUGCUCGAGCGUGCACCUUCAACGCUUUGUUGUCGCAGCUUGCUCCUGCACGUGUUGUUGUCCGACUCUUGCUCCGAUCCUUCAGGGUAAAUGCUUAAGGCGCUUCUGCGUGGCAGGCUCGGCCCAUGCGUGCCCAAAGCCCGUUUUGUGUUAUUCAUCAAACCGUCGUGUCGCGCGAUUCUCGGUGCAGAUAUCAUUGGCAGAUGGGACGCGUUUCGACGGGUCAGCUUCUCCAAUCUCUCUACUGCGUUCUUGUGGUUGUUGCAUUAGGACGCCUUACUUUGGUAGAGGCAAGCCGGCCUCUUACCCCGCGAAAGAGGCACACAGCCUUCCGGACCAUCCGAACUUCUCAGCGAACACGACCAGACUUGUCAUCUCGCGUCAAGACGCCUCAAGACUCGAUCGUCGGUACUCGGCAGGGUCAAGCUUUCAAGCAGGCGGGAGGCGUCGUUGGCGCUAACGAUAUAUGUUGUUACAUAGCGUAUUUGAGAAACAGUGGGUCGACGUCAGCGGCGCAAUCUUUG